AUGUUAUUGGAUGAAUUUAAAGAAAAAUUAGAACCGGGUGUAUUACCAAAUGGUAUAAAAUAUUUGGAAAUAGGAGAUAUUAUAACACUAUUAGUAGUUGGAUCGAUACCACCUGGUAUCAUUCCUUCUUAUCCACCAAAUGAAGGUGUAAGAUUCCUAACAUUACAUAAAAUUAAAAGUGAAGUAAACAUUGGAUCAAUUCCAGUGUCAGUAUCGCGUUUGAAUCUAAAAGAUGGGUUCUCUCAAACAUUACAGCCAGGUGUUAUUCCAAAAACUGUUAAAACUGUAAUAUUACAGGAAAUAACAAAACCAUUAAUAAUUGGAUCAAUACCAAAUACAGUUUUUACAAUAGAAUUUCAUAAAGGCUUUAACCAAUUACUUACAGCAGGUAUUAUACCAGAAGGUGUUUAUUCAUUGGAAUUCCACCAAGUUAAGGACUUAUUGAUUGUCGGUUCAAUUCCUAACUCGAUUUAUUCAUUAUUUUUAAAGGAAGGCUUUGAUCAAAAAAUAUCACCAGGUAUAAUUACCAAUGGAGUGGGCCUAUUACAUUUAGGAGAAAUUAAACAACCAUUAUUAGUGAAUUCAAUACCAAACUCUGUCACCAACUUGUAUAUCACUAAAGGAUUUAAUCAAUCACUAACACCUGGAAUCAUUCCAAAUUCAAUAAAGGAAUUAACAUUGGGUACUGACAACAUACAAUUAGUUGAAGGAUCAAUUCCAAAAACAAUUCAAAAAAUUAUUAUAAGUGGAGAUAUAGAACCAUCAUUCUUAAAUGUCUGUAAAUUAGAUAAAUCUAUACAAAUAGAUAGCAAUUAUUAA